GGGGUAGGUGGUUCCGGUCGUAAUUCUUGUGCCAAAUUGGCGACCAGCAUGUGCGAAUACCAGAUACAUCAGAUCGAGAUUACCAGGACCUAUGGACCGACUGAAUGGCGAGAGGAUUUAAAACAGUUGCUAUUACGUGUCGGUUGUGAAGGCAAACCUACUGUUUUUAUUUUCGGUGAUCAUCAGAUCAAGGACGAGUCUUUUAUCGAGGAUAUCAACAUGAUU